AUGCCUUCCGAGUCCAAGUACCCCAGCCUUCCGAUUCCGAACGCCGAUCUCUGGGGCUUUCUCUUCGAGCGCAAAGAUAAGCCAUAUCCAGAUGACAAAGUGAUCUACUUGGACCCGUACACGAAGCGCUCCUAUACCUAUGCCCAGGUCAAGUCCACCGCCAUCGAUUUCGGAAAAGGCCUCAAGGCUCUCUGGGACUGGCAGAAGGGCGAUGUGCUUGCGUUGUACACUCCGAACUGCAUCGACACGCCAGCGGUAACAUGGGGCUGCCAUUGGGCUGGUGGGAUCCUCAGUCCUGCGAACCCACACUACACCGUCGAUGAACUCGCCUUCCAGCUCAAGGACUCCGGCGCAAAGGCCCUGGUCACACAACUACCUUUCAUCAAGAACGCCCAGGAAGCGGCGAAGAAGGUUGGAAUACCGAUGGAUCGAGUUAUCGUCAUUGGAGACCAGCGGGACAAGACCCAUAUGGUGAAGCACUUUACGAGCAUUCGGAAUACGGCUGGCUCAGCGAGGUUUCGACGGACGAAGAUGAAGCCUGAAGAGGAUCUGGCCUUCUUGGUGUAUUCCUCUGGCACUACGGGACACCCUAAGGGCGUCAUGUUAACGCACAGGAACAUUGUCGCCAACACGAUGAUGAUCAAGGCUGGAGAGGCAGGGCACCUAAGCUGGGCAGGCGGACCAAACGGCGAGGGCGAUAAGCUACUGGCUUUCUUGCCGUUCUUCCACAUUUACGGUCUGACCUGUCUAAUACAUCAGAGUCUCUACUCUGGUCUACAGCUUGUUGUGAUGCCAAAGUUUGACCUGGAAGACUUCUGCAGAUUCGUCCAAGACCUCAAGAUCACCUUCGCUUACGUCGUCCCUCCGGUCGUUCUCCUAUUGGGCAAGCAUCCCGUGGUCUCAAAAUAUGAUCUCAGCUCCAUCCGCAUGAUGAACUCUGGUGCAGCUCCUUUGACACGGGAACUUGUAGAAGCCGUGCAUGGCCGCCUCAAAAUUCCAGUGAAGCAAGGAUACGGGCUUUCUGAAACGAGCCCAACUACACACACUCAGCCAUGGGAAGACUGGAACAAGUCGAUUGGCUCAGUUGGUACUCUGCUUCCGUACCAGACAGCGAAGUACAUAUCGCCAGAGGAGAAAGAAGUCCCUGUGGGAGAAGUUGGCGAGCUAUGGAUCAAGGGCCCAAAUGUCUUCAAGGGCUACCUGAACAAUCCAGAGAUGACCGCGCACGUGCUCACCUCAGACGGCUACUUCAAGACCGGCGACGUUGGCUACCAAGAUGAGGACGGCAAUUUCUACAUCACAGACCGCGUCAAAGAGCUCAUCAAGUACAAGGGCUUCCAAGUACCACCUGCCGAGCUCGAAGGCCUCCUCCAUGCGCAUCCGAACGUCAACGACGUUGCGGUCAUCGGGGUGUACGAUAAGGAUCAGGCUACUGAGAUACCUAGAGCCUAUGUUGUUCCGGCCAAUGGACUGGGUGCAGCGGAAGAGGACGCGAAGCAUAUCGAGGAGUGGUUGAGCGAGAGGGUCGCUCACCACAAGAGACUAAGGGGCGGAGUCAGAUUUACGGACGAGAUCCCGAAGAGUGUAAGCGGGAAGAUUCUGAGACGGGUGCUGAAGGUGAAAGCGCAGGAAGAGGACGAGAAGGCCAAGGCUAAGCUUUAG